AUGCACACAAGUCAGGCACUGAGGAGUGCUGGUUCUCUGGCUCGCGAUGGCGGAGGCGACCUAAAUAGUGGCAAUAGGCGCACCAGCGGUGACUUCAGGGAGGAUGAAGAUGGCUGGGCGGGCCCUGUGCACAGAGGGGAGGGGUGUGUGGGCGGAGCCGGGGCUUCAACUUCCGCAGCGACAGUCAGGGCGAUGGAAGAGGCUUCUCAGCCAGCGGGUGGUUACGCCUCAGCAGCUCGGGAGCAGCUCAAGCUGUUCUCUGUGAGAAAUCUCCAUGGAGACUGUGACAAAAAGAGCGGGGUCGGUGGAGCUGCUGUUCUGGAGCCGGAUGCUAGGUGGAACCCUCCCCCUCUGCUUCCCCCGCCGCCAGCACGUGUGCAUCCUCAGUUUCUGCUCGCGACCUCGCGGUUCUCUGUGAGUCUGUGCCUUACUGUCUGGGCAGCUGUGCGACUUUUGGGCCAGGCGGGCGGGGGAGGCCCUAAGGCCACUGCCUCUGUCUCUCCCACCUGGAGCAGAAGCCACCGAGGCUCCACCGUGGCCUCGGGAGCCAAAGGAGUAGGAGGGAGGGGUGGCGGCAAGAUCCGGAUGCAGGCGCUGCCAGCAGGGGCUCAUCAAGUCUUACUAGCCCCGACUACUGCAGCACCAGGUAUGACAAAGAACCUAGCACCCCCUCCUAGGCAGGGAACAGAUAAAGAGCUUAUAGACUGGCUACAACUGCAAGGAAGAGAUGCAAAUACAAUUGAAAAGAUUGUUGAAGAAAAUUAUACACUUUCUGAUAUUCUUAACGAUAUCACUAAGGAAGACUUACGAUGCCUUAGACUACGUGGUGGUGUCCUCUGUCGUCUGUGGCACGCAGUCUCCCAGUACAGAAGGCAGGCUCAGGAGUCCUCAGCGACAGAGGAUUAGGCUUAAUCACACUCAGCUAAGCCGGGAGGACACAGUGAGCACAUAUCUUCCUGCUUGUGGUUAAAGCUUCUUCUGUACAUGUAUACACAAAUUCUGCUCAGUUUACACAAGAAAAAGAUGUGUUCAAUUAAUUCAAGGAUCUGGUGAAGUUUGUCAUUUUUUUGUGUCAUUUUUUAAAACCUAUUAUUUAUGAAUGUUUUAAAGAUUAUAUAGAACUGUAUGUAAUGUGAAUAGUGAGCUUUAGUUUUGAUAUCCUAGAGUAUUAGGAGAAUCUCAGAAAAAGAGACUCAGCAUUCUGUUAUUUUAAAUACAAUAGUAGUUUAAAAUGAGACAGGUGUUGUAGGGUAAGCAUUAUUAACUAGUAUAGAACCUAAAUGUGAUAGGACUGUAACCACUGAUGUGUAAAUGGAGAAAACUAGUUGUUUGGCCUUUCACCUGUUGCCUGGUUAUAAUAAUAAAAAAAAUAUGAAGAAAUGAUGGCUUUA